CCUGCCCAGGAAGAACACAGAGAAGACCCAGAUUUUGAAACUAAGGAAGGAGGAGGACUUGAAGAGUGCUGUAAAAUAGAAGUGAAAGAAGAAAGUCCUGAAUCAAAAGCAGAAAGAGAAUUAAAAACUUCCCAGAAAUCAAUCAGAAGACACAGAAACAUGCAUUGCAAGGUUUCUUUGUUGGAUGACACAGUUUACGAAUGUGUUGUGGAGAAACAUGCUAAGGGACAGGAUUUGCUUAAACGAGUGUGUGAGCACCUCAAUCUUUUGGAAGAGGACUACUUCGGACUAGCCGUUUGGGAUAAUGCAACCUCUAAGACAUGGCUGGAUUCUGCCAAAGAAAUAAAAAAGCAGGUUCGUGGUGUCCCCUGGAAUUUCACCUUUAAUGUCAAGUUUUAUCCACCUGACCCAGCACAGUUAACAGAAGAUAUAACAAGGUAUUAUUUAUGCCUCCAGCUUCGACAGGACAUAGUUGCAGGACGUCUGCCCUGUUCCUUUGCAACCUUAGCGUUAUUAGGUUCUUAUACCAUCCAGUCUGAGCUGGGAGACUAUGACCCAGAACUUCAUGGUGCGGAUUAUGUUAGUGAUUUUAAACUGGCCCCAAAUCAGACCAAGGAACUUGAAGAGAAGGUCAUGGAACUGCAUAAGUCAUACAGGUCCAUGACUCCAGCUCAAGCUGACCUGGAAUUUCUUGAGAAUGCCAAAAAGUUGUCUAUGUAUGGUGUUGACCUUCAUAAAGCAAAGGACUUGGAGGGAGUGGAUAUCAUCCUAGGUGUCUGCUCUAGUGGCCUUCUGGUUUAUAAAGAUAAGCUGAGAAUUAACCGCUUUCCUUGGCCCAAAGUGCUGAAGAUUUCUUACAAACGUAGCAGCUUUUUCAUCAAGAUUCGACCUGGAGAGCAAGAGCAAUAUGAAAGUACCAUUGGAUUCAAACUUCCCAGUUACCGAGCAGCUAAGAAAUUAUGGAAAGUCUGUGUAGAGCAUCACACAUUUUUCAGACUGACAUCUACAGACACCAUUCCUAAAAGCAAAUUUCUUGCCCUGGGAUCCAAAUUUCGAUACAGUGGCCGGACUCAGGCUCAGACCAGGCAAGCUAGUGCUCUGAUUGACAGGCCUGCUCCACACUUUGAGCGUACAGCAAGCAAACGGGCAUCCCGGAGCCUUGAUGGAGCAACGGCUGUUGAUUCAGACAGAAGUCCUCGGCCCACUUCUGCACCAGCCAUUGCUCAGAGUCAGGUCACAGAAGGCAGUGUUCCAGAUGCAUCUGUCAAAAAAACAGUGGUCUCUAAAGCACAGAAGGAAACAGUGAAGUUCGAAGUGAAAAAGGAAGAAGAGCCACCGGAGCAAGCUGAGCCAGAGCCCACAGAAGUGUGGAAGGUGGAAAAAACCCACAUCGAGGUCACAGUACCUACCUCAAAUGGUGACCAAACACAGAAGCUUGCAGAAAAAACGGAAGAUCUGAUAAGAAUGAGGAAGAAAAAGAGAGAGAGACUAGAUGGUGAAAACAUUUAUAUCAGACAUAGCAAUUUAAUGUUGGAGGAUUUAGACAAAAGUCAAGAAGAGAUAAAAAAACAUCAUGCCAGCAUCAGUGAGCUGAAAAAGAACUUUAUGGAAUCUGUACCAGAACCACGGCCUAGUGAAUGGGAUAAACGCUUAUCCACUCACUCCCCAUUCCGAACACUUAACAUCAAUGGGCAGCUUCCCACAGGAGAAGGAGUGAAGAAAAUCUCUGUCCUUCCCUCGGAAAGAAAGGUUGGUGGGCCAGAGACACAGGAACGUGCUCUGUUAGUGCAGGAUGAAGAGAAAAUUAAAAGGCAAGAGAGAUCUACUGAGAGAGCCUUGCCCCAGCAAGAAAAUGAAGAAAUUCUUCCCAAGGUUUCUAUUCCAAUCCCUGAGGAUCACAAGCCUCUCAAAAAGUGCCGCCUCUACUCUAGUGCUUUCCCAUCACCUCGUAUUCCUUUCAUGAUGUCUUUUCUCGUGAUUCUUGCGUUGGCUGUUUGGUGGUUGGUCUUUCUGUGAUCGGAAGACAGGUGCUCAUCUGAAAUGUCAAGACUAAAACCAUUGAACUUUUGUUGUUUGCUUCUACUGUGUUGUCUCCUGUAUCAUGCCCUCUGAUCUUGAUAGUUCACUGUCCUAGGGGAGCUCUUUGUGAUCAUUUUUCUGUCAAUAAAAUGUUACUCUUUGUAGAAUAUGUAUUGUGGGGCACAAAGGAGUAGCAAUGGAUUGCCCAAGCCAGCUUUCCUCACUGAUAUUUAACAAGUUUAGACAAAUCAGAUUUAAGCAUAUGACAGUUGGUACUUUCCCCCAAAGCUUUAACUCUUAUCCUGCAUGUUCUUAUUGUUUACUGUUGCUGUCCUCCUCUUCAGUGUUUCACGCAAAGCAGGAUACUCUGUAGAAACAUUGGAUGGACUAUUUCCUAAUCUUCUAUAGUCAUUUAUGUGGCAUGGCCUCUGUAGUUUAAGGAAAAAAUUCAACUUGCUAAUUUUUCAAAAGCCUUAAAAUGAUACAUUUUAACCUAUGAAUCCAUAACCACUCCUUUUCUUGAGAUAUCAAACCAGUAUAUACAAAGGCCCUUUUUGGAAAAGGGCUUUUGACUUCUGUGGCCUUCUUAUGUGUAUUUCUGAGAUGUACAGAGAAAAACAACUCUAUCCUGCCUGGUGUAUAGAAGGUAUCUGCAAAGGUUAAACGCCAGCUUUUCACAAGUAGAAUGUUGAUGGUUUAAGGAAAAUGGUGCUGGUGCCCCUUAGCCUCCAGCCAGGGCUGAAUUUCCAGACCACUCUACCCAUCUUUAAAAGUCCUGGGAUACAGAUUUAUUCAAGAUCUGUACAUAAAUAUACCUUUCUCUGAAUUAAAAUGUUGUGUGACUUCUUUACAACUUAAGUAAUUAUAUUGCUAGAAGCAAUACUUAGCCAUUAUAAUAAGUUUAAAAUAUAUAUUGAUAUAUUCCGUUUUCCUGAUAGACCUCAGACCUGUUUAUUCCUACAUUUGUGUUGAAAUCAACUGUUUUUAAUUGAUGGCCUUGUGAGCUAAAAUUCUAUCGUGACAAGUAUGUGUCCUCUGUUUGCAUGUUGAUCUUCAAGGCUUCCCUGAAGUAAA